CCGGCAGACUGCAGUGUUGGCUGAUACGCAGGCGCGCUGACACUGACAAGAUGGAGAUUAUGACGGGAAAACCAAUUCAGAAAAGUGUUAAAAUUGCAGCUGGUGCUGUUGUCUGUGUUGAAAGUGAAAUCAAAGGCGACGUAACAAUUGGUCCGAGAACAGUCGUACACCCCAAGGCUCGCAUUAUUGCAGAAGCAGGACCAAUCAUCAUUGGUGAAGGAAACUUGAUUGAAGAACAAGCCCUGAUUACGAACAGCUAUCCAGAAAAUCUCAUGCCUCAAAAGGAAGAUAUUGAACCUAAAGUUAUGACUAUCGGAACAAACAAUGUAUUUGAAGUUGGAUGUCGUUUUGAAGCUUUGAAGAUUGGAGAUAACAAUGUAAUUGAAUCUAAAGCAUUUAUAGGUAGAAAUGUGAUCCUAACCAGUGGCUGCAUUAUUGGAGCAUGUUGUCAAGUAAACUCCUGUGAAGUUGUUCCUGAGAACACAGUUAUCUACGGGAUAGACUGUAUGCGAAGAGUGCAGUCAGAACGUCCACAGCCACAAACUUUGCAGCUAGACUUUCUGAUGAAGAUCUUGCCUAAUUAUCAUCACCUGAAGAAAACAGUGAAAGGAAGCUCCACUCCAAUAAAAAGCUGAAUAGAACCAGAGUCUGGCUCUGCAGAGGAAUCAAUACGUUUAUUUGGCUGCAAGCAUAGUCACUUAAAAGCAGUAAUCUAUGCUACAAUAAAUUAACUAAUGUACAAACCUUUUGUUGAAGUGGAUAAUGUGUCCUUUUCAAUAAAAUGAAAGUAAAAAUUA